CGUUUCGUGGAAGAAGAACUGGGUCAACGCUGAGCAAAUAAGCACGAAGUAUCACUCCGCUGCUGUCGCCCAGGAUGAAACCUCUGGGGGCGUAGUAUCUUUAUUGUCUAAAUAGAGGUAAUUUUUAGUUUUAUUCAAAGAUUAAAGUACAAAUUCAACAUAAUUGAACACGGAGUUUCAAUGUAUACCUUUUUGAACAUUUUCAUAUAAUAAAAAUCGAUUACAUCAUAAGUAAGGCCUGCGGUUGGGUACAAAGUAACCCAUCUUCACUCACUUUUGUUUAGAGGAUCUUUGUAGUGUUUGUCUUCGACCUGUCUCUUCGUUUAUUUCUCACAGUUUUUCGCUUCAACGAUGAUAAAAACGGGUCUUUGGGGACUGAGAACCGUCUUUGGACGAGGACAGGUACUGUCUGCGGCUGCUGCGAGGUAAAAUACAUCAAAAUAUUCGCUGUUUUGUCGAGUGGUUUGUCUUUGAGGCUGAGAAAUGUUUUAAACAUAAGGACUAAAUUACAUUUUCGUUGUGAAGUCUCGAACGUUUGUCGAUGAGCGGUUAGUCGAGCCAGUGGUCAACCGUCGGUUUAAGUGUUUUUCUAUUAUAACCUCCGUUGAUUUAACCCUAGACGACCUUUGACACACUUCCCUUACAUAAGGAACUACUACUGUACAACUAAAUAAACCUAUUAGCAGACGGAGUAUAACUUUACUGUUUGUUUGACUGAACUUUGGUAAAACUAACAUUCAUGAAUUCGACUCAUAACUACACAAAUUAAAGCAAAGUUAACAACUUCAUAUCAGAAAUCUUAUUUAUGUUAAACACAACUUGGAAAGAGUUUUAACAAAUUUUAUUAACCCUAGAACACUAUCACUAAAAUGACUAACACCAUCACUAUCACUAUCCGGUGAUUUUUACCCCAAAUAAUAAACCCAAGAAAAAGUCCUUAACAUCAAAAUAUAUCAAUAUAGGACAAUAGAUGACAAAUUAAAGUAGUUCAAUUUUAUUUUUUACUUUGCAGUUUCCAAAGGGAGGAAAAAAAGUUCCAUGAGGGGAUCAUAUAAAAAUGCAACAAAAUGGAAAUGAACCAAAAAUUCCAUACAGAUAUUAACUUAGUUUCUUGUGAGUCAUCCCUGAGAGAGAACCAAAAUAUGGCAGAUUUAGAGUGAGUAAAAAUGACUCAAAUAUUUCUUUUCAACAUUUAAAUUCCCUUGAAAAUCACUUUGUGGUGACUUUGUGAUAAUUAUUCAUAAGCACUGCGCUAAAUAAAGAUAACGUGCAAAUUCCAGGACCUUAUUCCCUACAUACAGCUAUCAAAUCCACCCAAGCCUACUUUACCCUCUAUCACUGUAGGAAAAAACAAAUAUGCCUUCAAAGAUGUCAAAGGAAAUCCUGAAGCUACCCAGAGACUAGGACUGGGCGAUAUUUCGAUAUAAGAAAUAUAUCGAUAUGUUUUAAAAUGAGAUAUGGAAUUGAACCAUAUCACAUAUAUGGAUAUACAGAUAUCAGAUUCUGUUUAUCAAAGUCAAAAGAAAGAAGAGGGGGAAAUGUUUACUGAGGUUAUAGUCUUGGUUGAGACUGUUAAGAAGAUAAGAAAGACAGAUCGGUAAUCUCAAAAUGAUGUUUAAAAACAAUCCUCUUAAACUGAGCGCUUUAUUUUGUUCUGUCUUUAUACGUGUAAAUGCUGCCCUCACUAGGGUUUGUCAUAUUUAAUUCUUUUACAUCUGUGGAUUUGUUAGAAAGGAGAAGAAAAUCUGCAUUUUAAUUUUAAUCAGCCGUUUAUAGUUGUCAAAAUGUUGAUGCUUUUCUUAUAUAAAUAAAUUUAUUUCAGAAAAAGAUUGGUCUAUUUUACUUAAGAUAUAUUUUUCAUUUAAAUGUGCGUCUCAUGGUACUCCUGUGGUUAUACAAUGAAUUUAUAUUUACAUUUUAUUGUUUUUUAAACAGCUUAGCAUAAUUUUAUCAUUUAAAUUUCUGAAAGGUUAUGAAAGGGAAGAAAAAUAAACACUGAAUAAGUUGUGUAACACUCUCAGACAAACGCCUGAAGGGACAUUUCCAAGAAGAAGGUUUGUUACUCUUCCACUCACAUAAACCCCCAGUCCCAGCUUUUUUCUAACUGGAGUUGCAUAAUUCAACUCAAACUUUUAAUGUCUCUCUGUCAAUUCAGGCCUCUUGAUCAAUAUUUAACUUUCUAUAUUCACCUGUUUAUUUUGAAAGUAAAUCCCCGAGUCACUCAUCGCUGAAAAAAAGCGUCUAUUUACCCUCUAAAACUGUCGUUGCAGGCUACAGCACAGCCAGGCCCAGCCCCUCGGACAGGAUGCCACCCCACCACGUCCGGAGACUUCCAGCGCCAAGUCCCUGAUGGACAUCGGGACCCGCCGGAUUUUCAACGAGGACCAUGAUCUCUUCAGAGAAAGCGUGCGGCGCUUCUUUCAAGAGGAGGUCGUCCCAUAUCACAAAGAGUGAGUCGAAACAUGAGUAAACACAGCCAAAGUGAAUGCAACGCUUUUUAUCGGCGAGUUAAUCCGACGAUUACAUCUCCAGGUGGGAGAAGGCGGGUCAGGUGAGCAGGGAGUUGUGGGAGAAAGCCGGCGAGCAAGGCCUCCUCGGAGUUAUGAUCCCAGAAGAGCAUGGCGGCAUCGGUGGAGACCUGUUUUCUGCUGCCGUCACAUGGGAGGAGCAGUGAGUUUCAAAUCACAAACAUGAUCAGACUCUUAAAUCGGACUUUUCUUAACUGGGGUUCUGUAUGUGUCAGAAUGUACUGCAACUGCACAGGUCCCGGUUUCUCCUUGCACUCUGAGAUCGUCAUGCCUUACCUCGUCAACUACGGCAGCAAGGAGCAGAUCGAUCGCUUCAUUCCCCAGAUGGUUGCUGGGAAGUGCAUCAGUGCGAUUGCAAUGACGGAGCCCGGAGCAGGAAGGUUAGGAUUCAAACUUUAAGCUUACAGUUAAAAAAUACAGAGCAUGAUUGUAGCAUCGUGUAGCUCUGAUGAUGCGUUUUCGUUAUUUUAGUGAUCUUCAGGGUGUGAGGACAAACGCCAAGAAGGAUGGCAGCGACUGGAUCCUCAACGGCAACAAGGUGCUGAGAUGUUCAAGUUGAAAUGUUAAAUCGCACCUCAGCGUCAGCUUGACAUUUCUUUUCGUUUUCCUUCUCCAGGUGUUCAUCACAAACGGCUGGAUGGCUGAUCUCGUUGUGGUGGUUGCCGUGACGAAUCGGGAGGCAAAAACGGCAGCGCACGGCAUAAGUCUGUUCCUGGUGGAGGACGGCAUGAAGGGCUUCCACAAAGGGCGCAAGCUGGAGAAGAUCGGUUUGAAGGCGCAGGUAACGGAGCUGCACGUCUGCUGGGGGUCCUGCAAAGUGCCGAUGUUGGGGAAACGUUUUUUUGGGGGGUUACAGUUUUUCUUGAUUUCUUUCAGGACACAGCUGAGCUGUUCUUCGAAGAUGUGCGCCUUCCAGCUAGCGCCCUCCUGGGACAACUCAACAAAGGUUUUUACUACCUGAUGAACGAGCUGCCUCAGGUGACUAAAUAUUUGCAUUUGGAUUUUUUUUUAAACAAGUAAGUUUUUUUUUUUUUUUACCUCUUUUCUGGAAUCUAAGGUAAAUUUAGAAACUUUGGUAAUGAACGACUUUUUGUGAAUUGCACCCAAAAUUGCAUCGGAUAUUUGUGCGAUAAGCCAGUCAACACUUGAAAGCACAAAUAUUGAAAACAAAUGUUAAUAUAACAACAGUGAGACUAUUCAAGAUACACAAACCAGAAAUUUCAGGGUGCAUUUUUUUAAAAUUGCACCCAAAAUUGCACCUGUUGUUUGAGUCAUAACUCUGGAAAAUUGUGUUAAUGAUGACUGUGUGUACAGAUUUGACUAAUGCUGUGUUUGAGUUACCUCAGAAGUCAGAAGUCCUAAAUGACGUCACACCAGAGUUACCAGCGUUUCAGUUACCAAGUUGGAAAAAGCAAAAUCGGAGGCAGAAACAAGAUGGCUACAUCUACGAAAGUUAAUUAAUCUAAAAACUUCCUUGAUGAACAACUUUUUCUAAAUUGCACUCAAAAUUGCACUCGAUAUUUGUGCAAUAAUAAAACAACAGUGCAAUUAUUAAAGAUGCUCAAGCCCAAACUUCAGGGUGCAUUUUUUUUUUAAAUUGCACCCAAAAUUGCACCUGUUGUUUGAGUCAUAACUCAGGAAAACUGUGUUUAUGAUGACCGUGUGCACAGAUUUGACUUAUUUCCAGGGUGAUCAAUUAAAAAAACACUUAAGCUCAAACUUUAAGGCAGUAGUCUUGUAAAUUGCACUAAAAAUUGCACCCAUUCCUAAUUGUAAUUCAGUGAUACCUCGAAAACACGGACAUUAGGAACUCACUCUGAUAUUAGGGCAGAGAGGUCGUUUACAUGCUGAUUCUUUACUUCUUUCUGAUAUACUCUGUUCUUCUCUGAGGUAUCAGUCUGUGUUAAAUAAUCACUUAUUUUGUCUGUAGGAGCGUCUGUUGAUUGCCGACAUGGCUAUAGCGAGCGCUGAGUUUAUGUUUGAGGAAACCAGGAACUAUGUGAUGCAGAGGAAAGCUUUCGGCAAGACCAUCGCUCACCUCCAGGUCUGUUUUUUUGUUGUUGUUUAUCGUGUAAGUAGAUGCACCGCACUGGAAUUGGAAUUAGAUGUUUUUAAACAUCAUUGCAUCCGUUUAUUUCCCUCAGACUGUGCAGCACAAGCUGGCCGAGCUGAAAACAGAGAUCUGCGUGGGCCGAUCCUUCUUAGAUAACUGCCUUCAGCUCCACGCUGAGAAGCGCCUGGAUCCCGCGACUGCCUCCAUGGGCAAAUACUGGUGAGGAUCUGUUUUUAUUUGUACAGGACAGCCCGUGUUUCUGCUAUUUCUUAAUAUCCUCCAUCUGUUACCCAGGGCGUCUGACCUACAGAACAGGGUGGCCACUCAGUGCGUGCAGCUCCAUGGAGGAUGGGGCUACAUGUUGGAAUACCCUAUCGCAAAGUAAGUGGCUUGUAACCUGUCCAGGUGUCGGAUCUGAGGUUGCUUAGUCCCUCGUCAAGAAGCUAAAACUUGUCUCUCUUUUGCGUCUCUUUAGGGCCUUUGUGGAUUCCCGCGUUCAGCCCAUCUAUGGAGGCACCAACGAGAUCAUGAAAGAGCUGAUCGCACGCACCAUCGUCAGUCAGAAGUGAGAUUUUUGGAGGUUUUCACUGUGGACGAGGAGGAGCACUGGGGGAAGAGGCGGUGUGCACGGAUGGUCUCUGUGAAUUUGUCUGAAAAGGGUUUUGAGCACGGGUGAAGAAUGUGUCAGGGGGAAUGAAUCCCAACUUUAACAGAACAAGAAACACAAAAGUUUAAAUAAUGUACGACGAAAUACUCACGAAGGUAACCUCAUCUGUACAGAGGCUUUUCUGUAACUUUUGAUUCACAAUUUUGCCAAAAUAAUGACCUAUUUUUGUAAAUCCGUUGACGACCUUUUGUAGCAUUAGCUGUGUGUAUAUAUUGCUGUGAAACUUGUUGACUAAUGUUCACGAAUGCGUCAUUAAUAUAGCGUCUUUGUGCGAUUAAUUUAUCACAUCCAUAUGCCUUUUAUUUCUGCACCGUACAAUGCAAGUUAAUCAAAUAAAGACUGGUCAGUGUUGAUCGGAAUAGAAGGAGAAUCAAAUUCAGGUUGUCUGCAUCGUAAGGCGGCUUUGUCGGCGAUGGGUUGUUCAAAUGAAAGUCAAAUUAAAGGGCUUUGACUUGUUAUUUCCA